AUGGACGCCUUCAAGGGGGGCAUGAGCCUGGAGAGGCUGCCGGAGGGGCUGCGGCCGCCGCCGCCGCCGCCGCCGCACGACAUGGGGCCCGCCUUCCACCUGGCCCGCGCCGCCGACCCCCGCGAGCCGCUGGAGAACUCGGCCAGCGAGUCCUCAGACACCGAGCUGCCAGACAAGGAGCGCGGUGGGGAGCCCAAAGGCCCGGAGGACGGCGGCGCGGGCGGCGCGGGCUGCGGAGGCCCCGAGGACCCCGCCAAGAAGAAGAAGCAGCGGCGGCAGCGCACGCACUUCACCAGCCAGCAGCUGCAGGAGCUGGAGGCCACGUUCCAGAGGAACCGCUACCCCGACAUGAGCAUGCGGGAGGAGAUCGCCGUGUGGACCAACCUCACCGAGCCGCGCGUGCGGGUCUGGUUCAAGAACCGGCGGGCCAAGUGGAGGAAGCGCGAGCGCAACCAGCAGCUGGACCUGUGCAAGGGCGGCUACGUGCCGCAGUUCAGCGGCCUGGUGCCGCCCUACGAGGACGUGUACGCCGCCGGCUACUCCUACAACAACUGGGCCGCCAAGAGCCUGGCGCCCGCGCCGCUCUCCACCAAGAGCUUCACCUUCUUCAACUCCAUGAGCCCGUUGUCCUCGCAGUCCAUGUUCUCCGCCCCCAGCUCCAUCUCCUCCAUGACCAUGCCGUCCAGCAUGGGCCCGGGCGCCGUGCCCGGCAUGCCCAACUCGGGCCUCAACAACAUCAACAACCUCACCGGCUCCUCGCUCAACUCGGCCAUGUCCCCCGGCGCCUGCCCCUACGGGGCGCCCGCCUCGCCCUACAGCGUCUACCGGGACACGUGCAACUCCAGCCUGGCCAGCCUGCGGCUCAAGUCCAAGCAGCACUCGUCCUUCGGCUACGGCGGCCUGCAGGGCCCGGCCUCGGGCCUCAACGCGUGCCAGUACAACAGCUGACCGGCCGCGG